AUGCAUCCUGUGGGGUACCUCCUUGAUGAUGAAGGUCAUCAUAUUAAACAUCACACCAUCAUCGGGUCUGGCAGGGGCGUGGUUGUUGUUAGACGCGACGAUGUGGCAGUCAAGAUGGCAAUAGUUCACGCGAGUGACUCGUUCAAGGACGUGGAAGCGAACAGGAGGAAAAUCCGGGCAGAGCAAGCCGUGUGGCGGCGCGUUCAGCCUAACUUCACUAAGCCAGUUCAAGGGAUCGUUCAUUGUCUCGAUCUUCCUGGAGAUACUAUCGAGCUGAAAUACAUGUCAGGGGGCACACUCGGCCAGUGGUUAAGUCAUAGGGAGCCACCCCGGCUCCCUCUUCAGAAGAAGUGGAUUCGGCAGCUGGCUAUUGGGUUGCACAACCUCCAUCAGCGGCGCGUAAUCCACUGUGAUAUUCUCCCCCGCAACCUUCUCCUAGAUGAUGCGCAAGAUAUUAUGAUAAUGGACCUCGGUGCAUCAACCGCCAUGCCACUCAGCACCGUUAUGGUGGAUGCGGUUGAUAGAUAUAACUGCUCAAUGUGGACGGAUCUUUGCCAGCUUGGGCUUGUGAUUUAUCAGAUUGUCACUGGGAGACCCCACGGCGUCCGUAUCUAUCAUUCACGCAGUAACGGCGAUUCCGUCGCCACGUUUCCCUCUCGGCAGAUGCUCCCUGCUGUGGGAAAAGACGUUUGGGCCCGUGAAAUCAUCGAGACCUGCUGGAAGAAGCGUGGAUAUGGGGCCGCAGGGGCAGCAGGCAUUGUGGCAACGCUGGACCGUAUGAAGAUCUGCUCGUAG